CCUCCGUACACAACGGCCCACAUUCUAUUCCACAUUACACUUUCUUUUACACUGCACUUUCUUUGCAUUACUUUCACGGUUUUGACGUUCGUAAGUUCCAUCAUGAGUGAGAGCAGUCAAAACAACGCAGAGCCCUUGGAAGAGUCGCCGUCUCUGUAUGCGGAAGAAUCGGACUCCUCAUCGGUCAUGGACGGAAAGACCAACUUCGUGGAUGAUGUGGCGGAGAAGAGCACAAGCAAAGAUGACAAAAAGUUUUCGUCUUUCCGAAUUGAACCUCAAGAAAAACCCAAAGAGAGUGUAACACCAAAAACAAAGCCUGAAAAAGAGUUGCUGGCUAAAAAGCCAACCAAUAAAUCAGCCAGAGGUGAGAUUAAGUCACAUUCGAAGAAACCCCAAAAGACUGCCGAGAAAUCUAUAGCAAAGAAGUCGGAGAAAGCUACGCAGAAAGAACCCACUUCCAGUAAGGCAACCCUAGAAAAACCAACGGCAUUCCCCAUACGCGACAAGAAAAAAGUUUCUAAGGAAAGUGUUGACCACCAGGAAACUCGUUCGGUAGCAUCCAUUGCAUCGAGAGUUUCAACAAUGUCGAGGUCUUCCAGCAAGUCCUUCAAAAAACGAAGCAUAACUUCGAAGAAACAGCUUCCUAUAGAGAGUUUCAAAAUUGUCAAGACGAAAGCCAAAAAGAGUGAACCGCUUCCGGAAGUCAAAUCACAGUCGAAGGAGUCUCUGCAUUAUGACGACUUGGCCACUUCGGAGUCUGAAAGCGAAAAGAGUCUGCUUGAAACUGAGGUAAUGGCAGAGCCAAUGGAACUCUCCCAGAGGCUAGCCUUUCUACAGAUUUUAAAGGAAGUGCCCGAUAUCCAAGACUUGUCGGAAACUACCACCAUCGAAUCGUUUCAGAUUCAGACCCAGGAGACAGGGGAAACGAAUGCCAUACCAUUGGACACUGGACACUUUGUGGAUGCAGUCUCGAGCAGUCAGCAUUCCGACUCGGAAAACUCUCAGCCCAGUCCGGAGUAUGAAACCGCCCAACAUCCAGCGGAUAAAACAGACAGCGAUGCUGACAUUUCCGACUUGACGCUGGAUUUUCUAUCCGAAAGUGAGGUCGACUUCUCAGAGCCCCGCUGGACUGAAGAGACAGCGGAGGAUGUUAGCCAGAGCAUGAUGAGCAUUGUCUUUAAGAGCGAAGAGCUGCCUGUGGUUGAGAUCGGGGAUGAUGAUCUCCACGAGGUCCAACUGGCCAAUAAGGAGGCGUGCGAGCAGCUGCUUACUCAGCUGAUCAAUAAGGCUGUGAACUAUGCCGAAAGCGACUACGUGCGUCUGACGCGGAUCCUUGACAAGGAGAAAAUGAUGAAGCAACUCCACAAGCUGACAGUGGACUACAUGGCUGAGCUGCAUCGCAAUGCAAGGCUCGACGGCCUCAUCUGUGACUAUUACCUCAGAAAGAACUGCCUGGGACUCAUCACCGAAUCCAAGCGGUCAGACACCUUCAGCAAGACACGCUAUAGAAAUGCCAUCCUCGAGCUGGACACCCGUCUGAGCAUGAAGACUCAGACAGAGAAAAUGAAGGAGAAAAUUAUAAAGAAAUUGCAAGAUGAGGUCCAGGCAGCCACGAUCGAGGCCGAGGAGAAGGUUCGCCACUUUGAGAACAAAGUCAGGCUGACUCUGUGCUGCAGGGAUGGGUUUGAUCAUCUCAAAUCUUUGGUCGGCGACAUCCUGCGAGGCAUCACAACGUUUCGCGGGGAACUGGACCAAGUUAGAUUAAAUCUGUUGCUCACACAGCAUCAAUAUGCAGCCCUAAAGAUUCAAUUGGAUAAAAUGGAAAAUCUGGGCGAUGGCCUCAAAAUGCACGAAUAUCUGUCCAAUCAGGCCACCAAUCAAUCUUUGGGCAUCAAAUUAGAUGAACGUAAUGCGGAGGUGAAGCGUUUGAGUGGACGCAUCACCCACGACAUCCACGCAUUGGCCCAUUACCAAAACAAAGAUCUGAUGUGCUCAAAUAUUCUGUCACGCAUGAAGACGAGACUCCAGCGAAGAGUGGCGAAGUGGGAGAGCCUCCGGAUGAUCAUCUACAAGGCCAAGAUCAAGCACCUGAAUCUGAAAAAUGAAAAGAAAAAUAUCCGCGCCGCCGGCUGCCUCAUGCACUAUCCCGACCUGAUGCGGGACUAUGAUGUGACCGUCGAGCAGUUGGAGGGUAAGCGGGUUGUGGUCAAGAAGCUGCGCUCAGAGCAUGAGCGCCUGGAGCGUAGGGUCCACCAGUUGGGGGUCUCCAUGGCAGCCGAGGCUGAGGAGCGGCUACGAAGUAUUCGUUCUGUGUCGUCAUUAGUAGUAAAAAAGUAACCCAUGGAAUACUCUA